AUCCCCAAACUUUUUCAAUCAGAAUUCAAAAAAAUUUCCCAAAAAAAAAAACAGAGACACAGUUUCAGUCACCGGAGGAGAAGAAGAAGAAGAAGAUGAGAGGAGUCGCCGGAGGAGGUCGCCGCCGACCAAAGGAAUCGUUCAAUCCACAGCCACCCCCACCGCCAACACCACUGGACCAUCAACAACUCCACUACCACCGGCAACUCGGAGCCGGAGUCGGAAACCAUCGCGAUUCCGACGCAAGCUUCGCCAGCAGCCGACCUUCCUCCAUCGGCGUGGGCAGAUCCGCGGCCACGACCUUCGACCUCUACAAAGACAAUCGCUACCAAGAAUCCACCAUGAACACCAUCAAUGCGUACCUUGCUUCCCAUUCCUCCACUCCACUUUUCCUCAAAUAUCCUUACCCUUCCGCCAAAGACAUCACCCAAACCCUAACCUUCCUCAUGACUCGCCUCGAUUUCCCUUCCCCUAAGAUCGAAGACCUGCCUCUCAUCCUCAAAUCCCUAAAUUAUCCCUUCAAACUCAACAAAUCCAUCCUCAAGUCCCCCGGUACACCUCACCAGUGGCCGACUUUCCUUGCCAUUAUCCAUUGGCUGUUUCAGGUCGCCGUGUACAACGACCACCUCUCGCCCGAGAAUACGAUGUCGUUUGCUGAUAGUAACCCCAUGCAAGCCUACACGCUGUCCAGCUACUCGCAUUUCAUUCGCGGCGAUGAUGAUUCCGUGGAGGAAUUGGACCGUGAGUGGUUGGAGAAGCUUGAGAGGGAGAAGGAAAACGCGGCGGAGGUUGUGACGGUUUUGGAGAAGACUGCGGCGGAGCUGGAGGCUAAGGCCGCUGGAUUGAAAUCGGCGCCGUCGAGAAAGGAGGAGCUGGAGAAGGAGAAGGAGUUGUUGGAGGCGGACGUGGGGAAGUUUCACGGUGUGAUUGAGAAGUUGGUGGAGAAGAUAGGGCAAGCGGAGAAGGAUUUGGUGGUGAAACAGAAGGAAUUGGAGGAGAAAAUGGUGAACAAUGAUAGGAUACGUGGAGAGAAUGAGGAGUUGAAGAGAAGGGUGGAGCUUCAGACUAUCAAUUCGAGGGAUGUGGAGAGGAUGAAGAGGGAAUUGCAGGCUGUGGAGAGGGAUAUUGGGGAGGCUGAGAAUUCGAGGAACUCAUGGGAGGAGAAGACUUGGGAUCUUGAGGAGAAGCUUGGGCACAAAUAUAAAGAGAUUGAGGCUCUUGCUAUGGACUGCAACGUGGCCAUGAGAAGGUUAAAGUUUCUUGAUGGGUUUCAGUAUGCGUUGAAUGCCAAUGGGUCUACUCCUGCUGAGAUUAUGGGGAUUGACUACAAAUCAAAACUGAAGCCUGUACUUAAAUCCUUUGGUGAAGAUAUAAAGAAAAAUUCUGUGGUGAAAUUGGAAGAGUCAAUUAGCCUUCAGCAACAGUUGACUGAAAUUUCCGCCAAGGUUGAAGAAAAAAGAAAUCACAUAGCAAAACUUCAAUCGCAUUGUUAUGAACUGGAGGCUCAAGUGAACUCGUUGAAGAAGGAAAUAAAUGACUAUACUGAAAGUUGUGCAGCAGAUGCCAAAAAGAUGGUGGAAGACUUUGAGAUGGAGGCUUAUAACUUGAAAAUUUUGGAGAGAGAAGCAGCUGAUAUUUUGAAGGCAUCAAAAUUGAAGUUUGAGGAAGCGGUCAAACAAAGUGAAGAAGAAGUUCAGAAGUGUGCAUAUGAACUCAUAGCAUUGAUUGAUUCAGUCUCAAAAUACAAAGAGUACAUGCAGUCCAAAAUUUCAGAAAUGAAGAAUGAUGUUUCAGAAACUGCUGCUGCAUUAUCAAACAUUUACAAAAGUUCCUUGACAACAGAAUUUGGUAAUAUUUUUCAGGCAAACCGCUAACUCAAUAUGUUAAUAUAAAUCUCUAGCAAGUAUAUGUAUAUAUGCUUGAUCACAAAAGUACUACUUUCAACUUCUCAUUUGAGGAACUUGAAUUUAAAUCAGAUGCUUUCUACUUUUUUGAUCUUGUAACUUUAUCUGUGAAACUGGUUCGAAGUUGUUGGCAGUUUGACGAUGUUAUAGUUGAACAAUUAAAGUCAGAAAUGAGAUUCCAUUAGGCAUCUUCCGAGCUAA